CGUGGAGGGCAGGUUUGGCCUACGCGACGGUUGGCGCGCUGUUCCCAAGCGGGAGGGAGGGCGUGCGCCUGAGCUUCCACGUUCCCCGUGCAUCGGCGCGGAGCACAAAGGCGCCCGGGGGAGCCGCUGGCGCGCUCGGAGCCGAGCCGCAACCAUGCCGCGCGUCUACGUCGGGAGGCUGAGCUACCAAGUCCGCGAGAAGGACCUGGAGAGGUUUUUCAAGGGCUACGGGAAGCUGCUGGAGGUGGAUCUGAAGAAUGGAUAUGGAUUUGUUGAGUUUGAAGAUUCGCGUGAUGCAGAUGAUGCAGUUUAUGAACUGAAUGGGAAAGAGCUUUGUGGCGAGCGGAUAAUUGUUGAACAUGCAAGAGGACCACGGCGUGAUGGGAGCUACGGUGGUUAUGGUGGUGGAGGUCGCAGCAGCAGUGGUUAUGGAUAUCGAAGAAAUGGAAGAGAGAAAUAUGGGCCACCUGUCCGAACAGAGUUCAGGCUCAUCGUUGAAAAUCUUUCAAGUCGUUGUAGCUGGCAAGAUCUAAAAGAUUUCAUGAGACAAGCAGGUGAAGUGACUUAUGCAGAUGCUCAUAAGCAACGUAUGAAUGAAGGUGUCAUUGAAUUCAGAUCUUACUCUGAUAUGAAACGGGCUUUGGACAAGUUGGAUGGCAGUGAAAUCAAUGCAAGAAAGAUACGAUUAGUUGAAGACAGACCCCGUAAUAGACGCUCUUCCUCUGGCAGUCGAUCUCGAUCUAGGUCUCGAAGUCGUCGUCAUUCUCGUAGUAGAAGUCGUAGGAGUAGCCGAAGCAGAUCUGGCAGUGCUUCAAAGAGCAGGUCACGUUCUCAAUCACGAGGCAAGGGCCAUUCCAGGUCCAAAUCAAAGACACCUGAAAGGAAAUCCAGAUCAAGAAGCAAUUCCAAAGUCAAGUCUGAUCAUGGCUCUCGUUCCCGGUCUCCAAGUAAAUCAAAAUCUGACUUAAAUAAUAAGUCAAAAAGCAGAUCUAGAUCCCCUCAAGUUAAUGGUAAUGGAGAUACUAAAUCAAUAUCUCGUUCACAUUCAAAGUCCCGCUCGAGAUCAAGGGAAGCAUCUGUUCCAAUGUCACCAAUGAAAUCAAAGCCAAAAUCAGAAAACUUGUCUCCAUCCAACUCUCAUUGUAGAUCAGUGUCCAGGUCAAGAUCUAGAUCAAUGUCUAGGUCCAGAUCUGGUUCUAAGGAUUAGCAAUAAACUUCUCAUGACUGAAGUAUGCUGGAAGUUCUUCCUUACAGUAGCUGUACAUGUAAAUGCAACUUUGAGACUCCAGAUUUUUCCAAACUGGUGUUUUUCUUUCUAGUGUAGAGUGCAGUAUAGGGAUGAUUGUAUAUAAACCUUCUGAUCACUAAAUUGGUAAGCAAUAUGGGCAAAUACAGCAAUGUUGUUCCCCCCCCCCCCCCACCACCACCCAAUAUUAAAGCUAAAGAAAAAUGUGCUAUUUGAGGGUAGCAUUGAUUCUUUUUUUUAUUUCCCUAUUUUAUUGCUUUGAGUGCUGCACAAAAUAUUGUGCAUGAAGAACUGCCACAAAACACUGAUAGUUACACUUUAGUGCCAAAACCCUACUUUUUAAAUAUACAAGUAAUGUUAUUGAACUUGAGCUCAAAUGACCCAAUUAAACUCCCUGAUAUGACGUUUGUGGAGUAGGCAAAGGAAUACUUCAAUGGAGAUGGUAAGGUCAUAAUUGUGUAUAAUUCUUCCUAAAAUGCCCAAUGUCAAAAUGUUCUCCACUUUGUGGCAGUUGGUGUAUAUAUUGUUUUGCCGUACAUACUAAUGAUGUAAUCUUGUCAAGCUUACAUGCAACUGAAUAUAGCUUUGUAAGCCAAUGACUUAAUAAUAUUGCACAUUUGUAUGGUGCGCAAUCAAAUAUGCAUAACUCUCCACAUAAUAUGCAAGUAAUCUAUUGUAAUUUAGGUUGUUGAUCUUUGUGCAGGCCAGCAUUUACAAAUGCAUGGAUUUUUUUUACACCUGGUACAUAUUUGAAAUAUGCAUGGUUUCAAUAAAAUAUUUUAUUGCAA